GGGAGGCAGCACAUCUGCAAUGACUCCUAGAUGAUAGAAUCUGGAGCAGCGAAAAUGAAAAAACUGCUUUGUAAAGCAUAUUCUUCCAGCACAGUUUAUUGAUACGAUUUCCUUAAAAACCUGUUGAAAAAUAGAUGGGGCAUAGUUCAAUAGUUCACGUUCAAUUGUUCAUCUUCAAAUUGCAAACCAAUCCUAUUAAACUGGUAUCAAAUGCUAAUCCAACCUUCUUUCGAGGGCUAGGUCAGAAUCUGAUUUUAAAGUGUGUUUUCAGAGAGGCACUAAUAUAACUUUGAUUAAAGGCAAAGGUUGCUCUUAAAUGUUAUUCAGGGUCUGCUUUCUCUGAGCAAAGGACAGCAGGGAAGAGACAGUUGAGCUGGCAGGAAAAAGCAGCGUCUCUCAAACUGAUACUGGUAUUAGUGUUUCCUGACCGAAACUCCAGCCUUUCCUACCACCACAUUAUGUAAAUACAGGAGCUUGGGAGGCAUCUUGUAGCGUGCCAUUGCUGCACGGUGUAAAUGCUCCGGCGCGGGACCCUGCCGCUGAGGCGAGCGAGGCAAACCUGCGGGAAGACCCGCAGCGAGGCUGCUCGGGCCUCGCCGACCGCUCGAUUCAGGCCGGUUUACGGACAGCCACCUGCCCGCACUGGUCCGGCCCGGCCCCCGCUCUCCGCGGAGCCGCUCGCUGCGCCUUUAACGACGGCGGCUGCGCCGCGGCGGGCGGGCUGCGCGGUGGGACCGAGCGGCGCGGCGGCGUCUCCCGGUCGCGUCUUUCAGCGCCGCAGGCGAGUGGGCGGCGCGGGGCAUCUGCCGGGAGCAGAUGGGGCGGUGGAGCGCGGGGUACCGGCGCGCUGGGAGGGCCCCGCGGGCGAGCACCUGACGCGGCUGCCGACGGCGCGGCUGCGAGCGGACAGCCCCGACAUGGCGAAAGCGCCGCGCCCAGCUGGCCCGUGCCACUUCAGUGGUGCUCAGUGGCACAUGCAGAACGUUCUCAAAGACUCGGUGGAGAGCUCCGAUGAUGAAUUCUUCGAUGCACGAGAAGAGAUGGUGGAAGGAAAAAGUGCCAUUCUCAUAGGCAUGAGCCAGUGGAACUCAAAUGACCUUGUUGAGCAGAUAGAAACAAUUGGGAAGCUGGAAGAAAAUCAAGGUGAUUUAUAUAGAGCCUCUUUAAGAAAACAAAGGUUCCCAGCCCAAGGCAGUAUUGAAAUACACGAGGACAAUGAGGAAGGAGUCCAGCACCAGAACUGCAAAACCCAUGUGCUAAUUUUGAUCUUACAUGGGGGGAACAUCUUAGACACUGGAGGUGGGGACCACAGUAGCAAGCUGGCAGACAUCAACACCUUCAGUUCUGUGUUUGAGAAAGUGACCCGAGCCCAUUUCCCUGCUGCUUUGGGCCACAUUUUAAUCAGGCUUGUUCCCUGCCCAGCAAUCUGUUCAGCAGCUUUCUCUCUCGUUUCCAACCUAAAUCCCUACAGCUACGAUGAGAGCUGUCUCAGCAGCAGUGAAGACCACAUCCCACUGGCUGCCUUGCCCUUGCUGGCUGUUUCAUCCCCUCAGUACCAGGAUGCAGUUGCCAUGGUGAUCAGUAGAGCCAAUCAAGUUUACAAUGAAUUUCUCAAAUCUACAGAUGGGGCUGGUUUUAAUGGACAGGUGUGCCUCAUUGGUGACUGCAUUGGAGGAAUUUUGGGCUUUGAUGCCAUCUGCUAUAAUUCUAAUACAGCUGAUGAGAGUCGGAACAGUAGCAGGAGGGGAAGCAUCAGCAGCAUCCAGGAUAAUCCCCUCUUAGCAGAGGACUCCAGUCUGGGUGGCAGCAAACGCCUGAGCAAAAGCAAUAUUGAUAUCUCGGGAAUCAUGGAGGAUGAGAAGCCAAGGCAGCCGUUGCCUCGGAAACAGAGUGAUUCAUCCACCUAUGACUGUGAUCCUAUAACCCAGCAUCAUGCCUUCCUGUCUAGCAUCCACUCAAGUGUGUUGAAAGAUGGUGCAGACUUUCCGCCUGUGAAUUCCAGCCUGUCAGAAGUAAACCUGGGCCGAUUUGAGUUCGAGGUGUCUGAUUUCUUCCUCUUUGGAUCGCCGCUUGGUUUGGUGCUGGCCAUGAGGAGUACUGUUCUGCCUGGCCUGGAUGUAUGCCAGGUCCGCCCAGCCUGCAGCCAAGUGUACAGUUUCUUUCACUCUGCUGACCCCUCUGCCUGCAGACUUGAACCAUUGCUGGAGAAAAGAUUCCACCUCCUGCCUCCAUUCAGUAUCCCACGGUACCAGAGAUACCCACUAGGGGAUGGAAGAUCUCACCAGUUAGGUGAUGCUAUUCACAACCACAGUGCUCUUUUCCUUGAGAACAGCUCUUUGAACAUACCUUUCUCUCAGGAGGGUCCUGGAUCUCCAAAUGCAUCUGAUCAACUACAGGGAAAAACAAGAAAGUUGAGCUUGGCCAGCACAAACAGUGAAAACUCAGGGUCAACAGAAAGCUUGCCAUCAGCAUACCUCACUAACAUUACUGCGAAGUGGUGGGGAACAAAACGAAUAGAUUAUGCCUUGUAUUGUCCAGAUGUGCUGACAGCCUUCCCAACUGUGGCUUUGCCGCAUCUCUUCCAUGCCAGCUACUGGGAAUCAACAGACGUUGUGGCCUUCAUUUUAAGACAGGUUAUGAGGUAUGAAAAUGUAAUUUUCAAGGAAAAUGACAACCUGGAUCCAGCAACACUAAGUCCGUCCAAUCCACGGGAAAAAUGGCUACGCAAAAGGACACAUGUCAAAUUGAGAAAUGUGACUGCUAAUCACCGAGCUAACGACGUCAUUGCAGCAGAAGAUGGUCCUCAGGUACUCGUUGGGCGCUUUAUGUAUGGCCCUCUGGACAUGGUGGCUUUAACAGGUGAAAAGGUUGAUAUCUUCAUAAUGACGGAGCCAUCUUCGGGUAGGUGGGUGUACUUUGACACAGAGAUAUCCAACAGCAGUGGCCGGAUAUCCUACAACAUACCCAAACAGAAGAGACUAAGAGUUGGUGUGUAUCCCAUCAAAAUGGUGGUCAGAGGGGACCAGAGCAGUGCUGCAAGUUACUUGACUGUGCUUCCCCGAGGAAUGGAAUGUGUUGUGUUCAGCAUUGACGGUUCAUUUGCAGCAAGUGUUUCAAUAAUGGGAAGUGACCCCAAAGUCCGAGCUGGGGCUGUUGAUGUUGUCAGGCAUUGGCAGGACCUGGGAUAUCUGAUUAUCUAUAUUACUGGCCGUCCAGAUAUGCAAAAACAGCGUGUGGUUUCAUGGUUGUCUCAACACAACUUCCCACAAGGGAUGAUCUUCUUCUCAGAUGGACUUGUUCAUGACCCACUGCGACAAAAGACCAUUUUUCUCCGGAAUCUCAUGCAAGAGUGCCACAUCAAAAUCUGUGCUGCGUAUGGUUCCAUGAAGGACAUUUCUGUGUACAAUGUCUUGGCUCUGUCACCAUCCCAGAUCUACAUAGUUGGACGAUCAACAAAGAAAUACCAGGCACAGUGUCAAUUCCUCAGUGAAGGUUAUGCAGCCCACUUGGCCUCGCUGGAGUUCAGUCUCCAUUCACGACCCAAAAAGAACAACUCUCGGAUGAUCUUGAGAAAAGGCAGCUUUGGCCUCCACUCCCAGCCUGAGUUUUUGCGCAAGAGAAACCAUCUCCGCAGAACUAUGUCUGUACAGCAACCUGACCCACCUUCUUCAACACCCAAGCCAGAGCGUGCCCAGAGCCAGCCCGAAUCAGACAAAGAUCAUGACAGGCAUUUGCCCUCCAUUGCUUGGGUUCGAGGUGGAGUUCAUAAAUUUGAAUCUGUCCCCUAGGAAGCUCGGGAAUAUAGAUCUUGGAUGCACCCCAUUAAACUUGUAGGCAUGCCUCAAAGAUUUAUUUAGGCAGCUUCAAACUAAAGAUAUAAAGGGGAACCUGUACCUCGGAGUCUUCCCUGCUCUGGAAUCUGCCUUCUUACACUAACUGGGGAACUUCCAGUCUGUUCCUCUUGAAAUGUUUAUUGGGAAAUUUUAAACCAAUCUAAAACAAUCACAAGUGCUUAUAACAUCAAAGGAACAGGAAAUAUCCAUGGGGUUUUUUACAACAGAUAUAUAAUAUCAACAGAUAUAUAAUAAAAUGUGCAAUAAGAGAAAAAGCUGUAACAGGCUAAUUUUACUCAGAAGGACUGUGGUAUCAGCUAACUAGCAGCACCCAAAACAGUAUAAAUAGUAGGUCCCAUGGGUUACAGAGAAGGUUAAUGCUUUAAACAUUAAAUAGUUGUAUGUUUCCACUUCACUUUCAAUAAAGUGAUACACUUUUAAGGGGAGCAGUAGUGGGAGCUACAAUAAUGAGUGGUCAGGAUUUGUACAGCAAGAUGCUUUUUGGGUGCCUUAAACCCAAGAUUUCCCUUCAGCUUACAGUGUGGGUCAACAGACCCCAAUAUGGGCACUCAUGUUCAUGUGAGAUGCUAGAGACCACAUAAAUGGGAGAACUCCACUUACGAGCCAAAUCAUUAAAUUUUCAUGUUAGGAAUAAAUGUAUCCACCACAAUUUGAAGUGGUUAGUGUUGCUGUAUACAAAGUAAUGCCCAAGUGUACGAAGAUCACAUUGUUUUGUGGAACUUGGUGACUGUGCAAAAUGUGUGGACUACUCUGAGUAAGGAGAUGGUUCUGACCAUCUCAGUCCAAGAGACAGAUCCUAAGAUGGUAAGCUAAAGGGAGCCCUUUUACUAAGGGAUCUGCAAACUUCAUAGCAAUCACUUUUUUCAUUAUUCUAAAGUAGAAUCUUUACACUGGAGGAGAGAAAAAGUGAUGGAAUCCCUAUGGGUAAAUUGUUUACCUUCUCACACUUUAUAGCAACUGUUAUAUUAAGACAAUCUGUAGCAUUCAGAAUUACAGCAUUUGACCUUCAAAGAAUGGACAUGCCAAAUUACAGAUGCCAAAUAGAUAUUUUCUUACUGAUUUAAAUUUCUCUCACAUCUCUCAAUGAAUUUACUAGAAGUAAAAUGUGUGAAAUUUUCCCUAGGUGGUAAGGUUUCUGAAGUGUUGUAGUUAAUUUAACAUAGUUAACAGUUUUCAGAUUCUUCAUGCAGAUGCUUCCACUGCACUAAAUUCUCCAAGAGAACGCUCAUGACUGAAACAUGUUUUAAAACUUUCAAUGAAGUCACAAGUGCACAUAAAAAAGCUUUUCUUUAAAAGUUAAAACCAGAUUGUUGACACUGAGAAAGCUUGAAGUCAGUGGGAGAGUUCUUUUUUGCUUGUUUUUACCAGGGAGUUGGGGUGGAGAGGAUGUUGUGCCUCCCUCUCGUGUCUUCCCCACCUUACUGUCACGUUUUCCUAAUCUGUAGCUAGAUCAGAAACAGGGUCUCAUAAAGUCUGUUGGUUAAUGAUUUUGAAAAUUGACAUGUAAAGUAAACAAGAAAUGCGAUGGAAAACUAUUAAGACAGUGCAGAAGUAAACCUAAGUCUAUACUCCCUAUUCACCCAGAAGUUUCAGUGUGCUUUUUGAAGGGCAUAGUAAUGUGGCUUUUGCCUUAAUAGGCAAUAAAGUAGCUUAUAAAUUGAGAUCUUUGAUUUAUUUUUUUUAGACAUUAUUUGGCAAAUUGUCAGUUACCUAUUUCAAAUUUCCUGAAAGGCACAUCAGUAAUUUGUUUUUUAUAAUGCUUCCUUUAAGUGAAGGGGUAAUCUUUGCUGAAAAUUUGGGAAAGAUACCAAAAGUUCGGUAGCUCACACCAAUUGGGAGCAGGUAACUAACUACAUUACAGGGUGCUGGCUUUUUGUGCUCUGUUGCCAAGUCAGCCAGCUACAAAAUCUAAAUGAAAGAUAUCACAAACUGCAUUUGAAAUAGUCUUCAGGUUUACAAAUGCUUCCCCAGUAGUAUCACAGUUCUUUAACCCAUAAACUUGGAGGAAUUAUUGUAUGUUCUGUCUUGGCCCACUGUGUGUAGUAAUUCUAAUCACAUAGUCCAUUUCUUCUCUUGUGCUCUGCAGCUAGGAGGAGAUUGCACAGGUACACUAGACUCCAUCUCCUGCCAGUCAGUUCACUGUUAGCAUGCUAAUUUUGAAAAAGCAUGGGAAUCCAGGGCUUGUGAGAAUUUUAAAUGUACUGAGGAGACUUGAAAGCAACAUUGGUCACAAAGUUCUGUUUAAGCACUGGGUGUUGUGUAGCGUGUCUCCUGGCAGUAAUCACUGUUCCUGCUGCAAAGUUCAAAGUUAAUGUUAAUUUAGCCAUCUACCUCUAUCAUCCAACAGACUUCAAAAUCUAUUUUUCAUUUUAAAUUGCUGUAGUAGAAAGGCCUCCUUCCUUUCAAAAGAGAGGUGUGUGUAAUUCUGUGACUGUAUUAAGAGUAUCUGAGCACAUGAUUAGAAAAAUCUCCGAGGUUGUUAAGGUUUGUCUUUUACUCUUGCAGACACAAUGUCAUUUUGCCAGGUACCAUGUCAUGAAAACUCUGAUUUUGUGUAUUUCUAUUUAUAACUGGGUCACCUUUACAGUAGUCAGUGUGCUGGCUUCUCUUAAGAAUAUUAUGAGCUAAUAGUAGUAAUACAAAUGCUAGUGUGUGUGUAUAUGUGUGUGCAUGAUUUAGAAUGGCAGUAACAAUUUCAAAGUUUAUACACAUGGUAUUAAAAUCAAGCUGCAGAUAUUUUCCUUAACCUCAUUUCCUACAAUAUGUAAGAGCUUAUGUGGCCUUUGCGUAAUUCCAACACUACUUAUUGCUCAGGGAUAGAAUGGUUUCUCUCCUGAACUCAUGCCCCCAGCUGAGCACUUUGGCAAACAGUGAUACAGGUGUUAGCUUGGAGGUCAAGGCUUCAUGUUAAUUAGGAGCUGAUCUUGUGAAACAUCAGAUGCCAGAUGGAGUUGUUUUGAAAGCACUAGCCAGUUGACACUAAAAUGGUAAAACAACUUCUGGUGGAGCUGAGAGUGUGAGCAAGAUGGGCGUGGUUGUAAACAUCUCGCAACUGGGCUGGCAGCUCAGCAGACACCGUGGCAGUAGCUGGACCUUAUGCAUGCUGAACCAGGACCUUUUUUUUUUUAUCCUCCCAGCUAUGCCUGGGGCGAUCACUGAGGUUUGCCUGAUGAAUCACUAGUUUUAUACAUAAUUUUCCUCUUAAAACAUUUCCUUCUGGUCAGAAUUUUAGUUAUACACUUGGUACACAUGAAACUGCAUGCAGCAGUUGAUGGGCAUUCAGUUUGCAGUUGGAUUUGUUUUGCUUCUGCUUUCAUGGAAGGAUAAUUAGUCCUCCUAAGCAGGCCAUUUCCUGAGGAUAAGCUUGGUGCUAGUCAUCUUACUCUCUGAUUGCAAGUCCUCGUUGCUGCAGUCUCUGUGCAGUCAGUACUUACUUAAACUUUAUAGGCUAUGGAAUUGUUAACAUGUACACAGAAGGGAAAGGGACAGAGAAGUCAGGCAGGCGUGGAGGGUGCCCAAGCAAGAUGCAUCAGUAGUUUCAGCACCUUUAGUGCCUCCGGUUUGCUACAGUAAAGCACAUUUUUUUCAACCUGCUGAAUGGAGGAAGCAUAAGUGAAACUGUAAAACACAAAACUGUUAUUCCAGUGGGUGCAAAGGCAGCAGUACAAGUCUGUAUAAAGUAGGCCACAGUUGGAAGCAUUUACUUUGUCCUGUUGAUAUGGAUCCAGUUUUAAAUUACUGUAAAAAAAAUGGCUGUGAUUAAUAACAGUGGUAGAUUUAUCUGAGAUAUUGUGAAAACACACCUUCACAACUGUGGUGUUUUGUGCGCGUGUGUGUGCGUGUAUGUGUGUGUGACUAAUGGAAGACAUCUUAAGUGGAGUUUUGGGUCUGCUUUUACAGCAAAUUUGUAACCAAUAUACUUUAAAAACAGAACAAUAAAAAAAGGUUGUUUAUUCAAUGUUGUCUAGUUAGGUAAGUUUGAAAAAAAGAUGUCAUUGUACAAAGAGUGCAGAAUAUUCCACAGACCUGAAUAGUGAUGUUGAUCCAAAACUGCUUAUUUUGAAUAACUUUUUUUUUUAAAGUGUUUGCAUACACUAGUGCUCUUGGAACAGAUUCUUGCUUGACCAAAGUACUCCUAUUCAGUUUUGUGGUAUGGUUUAUAUCUAUCUAUUCAGCAUAAAAUUUUGUUAGGUGUAAAAAUGACACGGCAUUGAUGUCUUCUUGUUAUUGGGGUUCAUGAGAGCUGCCAUUCUGAUUUGUUUUCAUGAAAAUAGUCUUAAUUCUUACAGGUUACUUCACCUGUUCCUCUAGUACCUAGGGAAUUCACUUCUAAACAGAGUUAAAACUUUCACUGGUUAUGUAGAGGUGGAACUAUCAGUAAACUAGAGGAAAAAAUGGCACACCCUAGUCUACUAGAUUAAUUCAUUCAUUAGAUUGUCUAGUGGAUAGUGUCCCUGCUGUGGCAGGGGUGUUGGAACCAGAUGAUCUUUAAUGUCCUUUCCAACCUAACCCAUUCUAUGAUACUAUUAAAAUAAGCAGAACAAUUACACUUUAUCUGGAAGCUCCACCAUUCUGCAAAACAGCUUUUGUUUGCCAUUAUUAGUGCACAGUUGUCCCAUUUAUACAUCAAGGUCUUUAGGCCAGGGCACUACUAAUGUGUGCAUUUAAGCAAAUCUCCAAUACUUAGAUCUGUAGCGUCAUCAUGUACUUCACAGAAUAAAUUUAGAAGGGAAAAGAGGAAAAUUUUUCCUUCUUCCUAUAUUGUUUCUUGUCUUAAAUUUGCUAAAAUAUAAGCAUUUUUAACAAUACCUGAAACCAAUAAGUAUUUCCAGUUUUUUUUUAAUUUGUAAGUGCAAUAGUUGUUACUGAACAAAUAGGAUCUUCCCCAGGUUUUUUGUUCCCCCUCUUGCAUCUAAGCCACAGAAAGGUGAGUACAUUAAAAAAUUACUAGAUGACUGGAGUAAGGGCACCUUUUUAAUAAGCUGAAUAAUGGAGAGGAGAUUGUACACUGAAUCAUUUUUCUGAUUAGAGCUUAAAAUGUGGGAUCUGAACUCAAGAUUUCUGCAUUGAAAUGUUCAUUUCAGGCAUGCAGGGGAGAAAGUGGCUCUUUCCAUCCUCAUCUGGAGCUGGUACAGGAUAGAAUUACCAUAACCACAAAGCUUUCCAACAUACCUCCUCAGCUUCUCUAAGAGCAAUGAUUCCUCAUGGUCCGUGUUCAUAGCUUCAGCAGAAAUUGUGGGUUUAACAAGGUAAUUUGACUUCCGUGAUGUUUAAUCACUCAAGUGUAAAUAUAGGUUCCUACAGAUGAUCCUGAAUUCAGUCCCCCAUAAAUACGGAGGUAAUAACAUAUUUUUCUGGAUGAAAAGAGCUCUUUUUUUCAGAAAUAAGAAAUGGCCUGGAGCAGCUAGAAUCCUGUGCCAUGGACUCUGGAAUUGAAGUCAGGUGUUGGUAUUUCCUCUUUCCCUCAUUUUAGUUCAAGCCCAAGGUAAGGGGAUUACAGUUUACCCUCUAUUUGUAUUUAUCUCAAUAAGCUACCUUUAAAACCAAAUGUAAUUGUGGGGGACAGGGGAAACAUGGAACAAAUUUGAUAGUUCAUUUCUCAUUUGUAAGGAAGUACAGAAUUUACAGUGGGGAAGAGAGAGAAAGGGGGCAGGUUUACUGGAGUGUGCUGGGAGAUGAUAUACUAGAGAUUACAAUGUUGAAACAUAAUUUACAGAUUGCAAGCUUUACAGAAAAGGUAAUUCUGGGAGGACUGGUGUAGGGCCCAUAAUGGCAGUCCUCUCACAGAACCCCAAGCCUCCUGCACAACUUAUUUUUCUAUUUGUGGUGGAGGAAAAGGGCAGUCCAUUUACAACUGAAUUCAUACAAGGAAACUUGAAACUGUACAUGUUCUUUCAGUCUAUAGUUUUAUUAGGUGUGUACUUUUAAAUAUUGUUUGUCAGUGAGAAGGUUCUAUCUGGUGACAAGUGUUUAUAUUUCUUAUGGCUGCCUUGUAAAGAUUCAAAAAUGUACAGUAAUGAAUUUCUUAAUAUGAAAUAAGGAGUAAGAUUUCUACAACUGGUAAAGAUUUUGAUGUGAGCUGGUUUUUAAAAUCUUAUAACAGAUUAGUCACUUAAAUAAAACCUUCCUUGCCUUUAAA